AUGAUCACUAUUUGGGGCUUUGUAUUAUUGGGUACAUUGUUGGAUACAGUUGAUGCUGGUGAUCCUAAAUUCAGAAAAGAAUUCGCAAUCCCAAUAGCUGUUGUUUUGAUUACAUUGUCAAUCGUAGUUGUCGUGGUCUUACUCGUCUAUCACUUUCGAAGAAAACGACGAAAUAAACAAACCCAGCCAUCAGGUAAUGCUGUGAACCAUUCAAAGUAUAAAAUUGAUGAUAUGGCUAAGCCAAAACAGAAUGUUGGAAUUGUACCGGAUUCAAGUAAAACUUAUCCCACCUAUGAAAUUGCUUCACUUAAUACAACUGCACCACCAGUAGGUACACCUCCUCCAGUUUAUAAUAUUCCUGUAGUAGGUGGAAGACCCAUAACUCCGCGUAAUCCAACUAUGCCACCGUUACCACCACAACAGAAUCAAUAA